AUGAUUAUCAUACUCUUAUUAAUCAAAGUGAUAUGUAUAUUUCCUAAUACUUAAUUUUAUAAAGAUUAAUAAAUAUCUUUAUACCCAACUGUAGGAGAAUUUUAUGAAUACUAUUUGGAGAGUUUGUUAUAACAAUCUUAAUUAAUUUGCAAAAUGCAUCCUUAAAUUCCAAAUGUGUAAUUAAUCAAUUAAUGUGAAGAAAUAUACUAAAUUUAAGGACAAUGUAAAUUAUUAAGAUUAUUAUUAUAGAAUUUAUUUCAAUGUCGUCAAAUAAUACACAUUUUAGUACAUUAUCUAAUAAUAAUGAAAUAAUUAUAUAUGAAUGGAAGAAUUAAAUGAUUCAAUAAGUUGGAGUAUCUGUAUUAAUUGAUCCUUUGUAUAAUUGUUUUAAUAUCGAUUUGUUUUUAAAUUAGACAAUUUUGGUAGAUUGCUAUUACAACAAUGAAUUGUUAUUAAUUCAAAUAAUAGAUUCAUAAUCAAUAAUUGCUUAUUAAAUAUAAUCAAAUUUACCUACUUCAACUAAAAUAUAAUCAAUUGUAAAUGGAACAAAUAUAUUUAUUGUAUAUGCCUAAUAUUUUAAGAAAUAUUCAAUACUUACACUAUUUUCAUCAUCAUUCUAAAAUUUAAGUAGCUUAAAUAACUAAUUUAUCGAUUUUGAUAUACCAAUCACAAUAAGUCCAAAUAUUUAUGCAAUUACUUUCCAAAACAUUCUCUAAUUAUCCAUAUCUUAAGAUUAUUAAUUUAAUUUGAUUUAUAAUUUUAGCUAUGAUGGUAUGAGUAAUUUUAAAACUAUUAAUGUUUUUUAUAAUUUAUGGAGUUAUUCCUAAUGUGAUUAAAUAUCGUUAAUUUAUUUGAAUUCUCAAUUUGUUUGUAUGCAAUAACUAUUUGGAUGUGAAAAUUAAAUAAUUAUGGGAAAUUAUAAAAAUUGUUCAAAAUUAUUUGAAUCUUUUUAUGAAUCCACUUUGAAGAUACUCUUAAAUAAUCAAUUUAUACUAUUUCAAUAAACUGAUACAAUAAUUAUUUAAUAAUCAGUUAAUGGUUUCAAUUAAUAUACCCUAUACAGUUAAAGUAAUUCCCUAUUAUAUUUGAAUUCUGAUAAUGAAUUAUUUUCAUUUAAUUAAGAAAUCAUAGUUUAUAAAGUUUAAAUAGCAUCCUUGUAAGUUAAUUUAACUAAUUAAAAAAAUUCAGGAAAUUAUUAUUAGUUUUAACUUUUAUGUCGGAAUCCAAAUCAUACAUAAAUUUUAACUUAGCUUAAAUUUUAUCUUUAAGUAUUAUCUUAGAAUGAUACAAAUAUAUAUGUAAUGUUUAAUUAAGAUUUCCAAAAUUAUUAGUUUUCUUUAAACGAUGAACCCAUAAAUUAUUUUUAUAGUUUUUCAGGCCAAUUGCUAAAUUAUACUUUAAAUACAAAUGAAUCCUAUUUUAAUCUUAAUCCAAUAACUUAUUCAAAAUUGACUAAAAUUAAAUAGACUUUUCAACUUGUAUAAAUUCUAGCAGUAAAUUUCAAUAAAGGCUUAUAAUAUUUAAUAGGAUAUAAUAAUUUAUAACUUGAUAUUUUUAAUUGCUUUUUCAACAAUAAUUAUUCCUACAAAUUAAAUCUAUUAAGUUCAAUUAAUAUUUCUGUAAAUGCAAGUUCUUUAUAAGUUGCNGUCUUUGGUUGUUGA